AUGGUUCUGCUUCCUCAUACAAAUAUAAUUAUUGAUGGCUUUUCUUUUACAGCACAAUUAGAGCAGCCUCAUUAUAUUUUUUUCCUAACUCAUUUUCACUCAGAUCACUAUCAAGGCUUAUCUCCAUCUUGAAACCGUGGCCCAAUUUAUUGUUCACCACAAACUGCUCUUUUAAUAUGUGAUAAAUUUUCAGGAAUUCCUAACAUAUAUCCUCUGGAAAUUGGUGAAACUUAUUGAAUUUCUUUAAAUCUUAAAAAUUGUGCAGGCGUAAAUGUAACCUUUAUCGAUGCGAACCAUUGCCCAGGGGCGGUUAUGAUACUUUUUCAAGGCGAGAUAGGUACAAUUCUUCACACUGGCGAUUUUCGCUAUACCCCUCGGAUGCUCCUAGAGCCUUGCUUGAAUAAUUCCUCAAAUAGCCUGAUCCCAAUAAACCAAUUGAUUCUUGAUAACACAUUUUGCAUGCCCGAGUAUGAUUUUCCAUCCCAAGAAAUGUGCACAAAAUUAAUAAUCCAAAUAAUUGAAGAAAACCCUAACUAUGACACUUGAAUUGCCAUAGAAAACUUUGGGAGAGAAACAUUAUUAGUAGAGCUCUCGUUAUAUUUCAAUACACUUGUAAUAGUAAGUGAGUCUAUGUUUAGAAGGAUUGAAAUUUUAGGAUUAAGGCCAGAUUUAUUCAGCACAAAUAGUGACGAUGGAUGAAUUCAUGCAGUGCCCAGAAAGCAUAUGUUUAGAAUUUAUCAAAGAAACCGAGAGGGGCUUGAUACGAUAGGAAUUUAUUUGUCUGGGUGGUAUAAGAAAUACAGCAAAGAAUGGCCAUUUUACCAUGUUCCUUAUUCAUUGCACUCGAGUUUCUCAGAAAUAAAAGAAUUUGUUGAAAAAAUAAAACCUGAAAGAUUGAGUUAUAUAGUGGCCCCUGGAAAAUCAUUGAUGGGAGUGUUUGAGUUGAGCAGGAAAGUAUUAGAGGAUGUAGCAAAAGAUGAAAAUAUGAUGGAAGGUAUAGAAUUUAAACCACCUGUCAAAAGAAAAAUAGGAAGUGGAGGUGGGGGGUAUUUGAAAAAAUUAAAGAAACCUAAAACAAUUGGUUGUAAGAUUGCUGAAUCGGAGGAAAUUGAUGAGCAUCCAGAGAUAAAUAAGUAUACAAUGCAUUAUUAUAUAUAA